ACUCUGUCAGAAGCAGGGAAUCCAGGCUCUAUCAUGGUGAAGUUCCUGCUGCUCGCUCUUGCGUUAGGUGUGUCCUGUGCACAUCAUAACAAUCCUGAAAUCACUCCCUCAGAGGUUGACGGGAAUUGGCGCACCCUUUACAUAGGUGCAGAUAAUGUGGAGAAGGUACUCAAAGGUGGACCUCUGAGAGCUUACUUUCAGCACAUGGAGUGCAGUGACGAAUGCCAGACACUCACAAUCACAUUCAAGGUCAAGGUGGAAGACGAAUGCCAGACACACACAGUUGUGGGAAGAAAAGAGAAAGAUGGCAUAUAUAUUACAGACUACUCUGGUAAAAAUUAUUUCCAAGUUAUGGAGAAGGCAGAUGGGAUCAUCAUCUUUCACAAUGUUAAUGUCGACAACAGUGGAAAGGAGACAAAUGUGAUUUUAGUUGCUGGGAAAGAAGAGAGUCUGAGCAAAGCACAGAAACAGGAGCUUAAGAAGCUGGCCAACAAACUCAAUAUUCCAAAUGAGAAUAUCCAGCACUUGGAGCCCACAGAUUUCGUGUUCCAGCUGCGCGGGUCACAGCACACAGCCAUAGAAGGUGAAUUCCCACCCUCUGAGUACAUGAAGACUCCCAGAAUGGGCUAUGUUAUAGCCCUGCCAAGGCCCCCAACUUGCCAGUCCUCAGGGUUUGUGUCAGGAAUGCCCACACUCCCAUGUGGCCAGGGACAAGUCAAGGAACACGGAGGACCAGAGUGA